AUGUUAAAGGAAAGAAGGGAAAGCUCAAAGCUGUCCUUUUUUGUCAGCGGCGAGAAAUUUGCGGUGGCGGAAGAGAGCAAUCGGAGCUCGCUGGGAGGCAUGGAGGAAGGGGAUUCGAAGCCGGCGGUGGAGGAGGGCGGAGGCGGUGCUGAAUUGGGUGAAAACGAGGCGCAGAGGCUGGGGAGUGAGGGGAAUAGUAGUGACUGUGCAGCAGAGAAGACUUCCAGUGGGGAAAGAGGGGAAUUGCUGCUUCCUCAAUCUGAAACCCUAGGCGCCGUACGGAUUUCGGAGAGUGGUUUGCAGUCGUAUAAGGAAUCAUCGGAAAAUCUCUCCGAAGUUCCGGUGGAAUACUCUCUGCAACCACUGCAGUCUGUUGGAGAAUUGAAGGUUAAAACAUCUUUUAAUGCUCCUACUUUGCUUAGGGAUGCAGCAAUAGAGGUAAACAACGAAGCAGUGAAAGGUAUCGAUAACCAAGCCACUAAUCUUCAUACACAGAAACAGGUACAGAUACCUGAACGUCCGCCUAAGCUGGCAGUGUUGCCAAAGUCUACUAAACAGUCUGUUUCCCCCAUUCCAACUCCAUCUCCAUCUACAUCUAAAAAAGAGCUGCAUCCAUUAGAUAGUGGAAAUAGUCACCUGACAGUUCAGGGUAAGCAGAAUUCUCCAGAUUCUAAACCUUCGACUGGUGUGACUAUGCUGAAGACAUUUGACGGCUACAACUGGAGAAAGUAUGGUCAAAAGCAAGUGAAAAGCCCAGAAGGUUCUAGAAGUUACUACAGAUGCACCUUUUCUAAUUGCCAUGCUAAGAAGAUUGAAUGUUGUGACUGUUCUAGUCGUGUUGUAGAGACUAUUUAUAGAAGUCAGCAUAAUCAUGACCCUCCUCAGAAAGUGAAUUGCACUAGGGAAAAUAGAUCUCCUAGAGCAGUUUUUCCGGUUAAUGGGAGUCAUGAAACAACUCAUACAAGAAGAGGCCUUAGUGAUUCAAUCCCAUCUACAUCUCCUAAAGAAUCUUUAGUGGUUAGUGAUCAGAUUCCCGAACCGAAACAGCAGGAUUCAUGUGGGUCUGAUGAAACCAUGGAAAUUAAUGUUAAGGAGGAGUAUGUUGAGGGACCUGAAUAUAAGAGAAGGGAAGUCCUUAGGCAGAAGAGAAUCGCUAUUGAUGAAUCUGAUUCCACUCCUAAAACUGGCAAGAAACCUAAAUAUGUUGUUCAUGCGGCUGGUGAUGUGGGCAUAUCAGGUGAUGGCUACCGAUGGCGCAAGUAUGGGCAGAAAAUGGUGAAGGGAAAUCCUCAUCCAAGGAACUACUAUAGAUGUACCUCGGCUGGAUGUCCUGUCCGAAAACAGAUAGAGAGGGAUGUGGAUAAUGACAGUGCUGUAGUAAUCACUUACAAGGGAGCUCACAAUCACGACGUGCCUGUGCCGAGAAAGCGUUAUGGCCCAAAGAACACUCCUACCAUUACUGAAGAAGAUAUUCAAAGCAAGACCGAACCUCAAGAAGGUGAAUUGACCGGCGAAACAUUGAAAUUGGGUGGAGAAAAAUCAUCGGAAUCAGCAAGAACCCUUUUGAGCAUUGGAUUCGAGAUCAAGCCUUGUUGAAAUUAACUCCAACAAAAACAUGGAUUGGCGCAGGUAAAAAUUGACCAAAUAAUGAUGUGUAUGUAUCCUAUUCCUAAUUAUUACCGCGAUAUUUUUACCUUAUAUUCCUGUAGUCAUAGUUUAUCUGUCAUCUAGUGUGGUAAUUUCUUGAAUCCGAGAAACAGCGCGAAACAUUUAACUGUAGUGGUGGUGUGUUGUAGUACUGGAUGCAGCAGUCUAUAAAUUAUUUGUUGUGGGACUUCUGGCAA